UAUAAUGGGUGACAUCCCUGCUGAAAGACUUAUGCCGGAUUUUCCAUUUAAUGUAAUCGGUACGGAUUUUGCUGGACCAUUUAUGAUCACGGAUCGCAAAGGCCGUGGUUGCAUAAUUAGUAAAUGCUACUUAUGUUUAUUUAUUUGUUUUAAAUAUAAAUGUCUUCACUUGGAGGCUGUAAGCGAACUCUCAAAAGAUGCUUUUAUUCUAGCUCUAAAGCGAUUUAUUUCUCGUAGAGGUUUACCAAAUAAAAUAUUUUGUGAUAAUGGAGGAAAUUUUGUUGCGGCGGUAAAGGAAAUUAAGCAAUUUCUUAAUUCGAACUCUACUUCUAUCAUUGAUUUUGCAGCCAGCGAGGGCGUCGAAUUCUGCUUCUCAUCAGCGUAUGCUCCUCACUUCAAUGAUUUGAUGGAAACUGGAGUUAAAUCCGCUAAGUUUCACUUAACUAGGAUAUUAGGAAAAACACAUUUAACGUUUGAAGAAUUAUCAUCUUUGUUUACUCAAAUAGAAUGCAUCCUUAAUAGCCGUCCCUUAUGUCCCUUAAGUUCCUCUCCUGACGAUUAUUAUCCUUUGACUCCGGGUCACUUUUUAAUUGGUCGACCCCUGAUGUCGUUACCAUCUCCAAGUUUAACAGAUAUUAACAUGAAUCGUCUUGACAGGUAUCAGCGCAUAGAACAAAUAAAACAGCAUUUUUGGAAGCGAUGGAGCAACGAAUACAUAUCGGAGCUACAGUCUCGAAUCAAGUGGCGUACAAAGAAGAACGAGAUCCAAAUUGACGAUAUGGUCCUACUGAAAGAGGAUAACACUCCACCACUCCAUUGGCGUCUUGGUCGCAUAUCAAGGUUGUUCCCGGGUCCUGAUGGCGUAGCCCGUGUAGCUGACAUUUCAACGGCAAGAGGUGUUGUUCGUCGCGCUUUAAAUAGAAUAUAUCUCUUGCCCAAUACUCAAGCAAGGGAUUCUUGAAAGCAGUUUAAGCUUUGCAGGGCCGGGAAUAUGUUACCGUCUGUGAUUCAUAUUUUAUAGUUCACUCUACGAAAUGAUACGAUCCCUGUGUCGCGGAACCAGUUCUUCGGCUCUCGAAGUCCGAGCAUUCGUUCAUUCCGUAUCAAACCUUCAAGCACGCCGUACUUGUUAUUACACCUAAUAUUGGAUUUGAUAAUGUGUCAGAGUUUUUAA